UCUGCUCACCACGUGACAUGACAUCUGCUGGUUAUAGCAACUAGAGAAAACCAGUAAUAUAGAUGUAGAGAAGGGAUCGUGGUGGCACACCGGAGUCCACACGGCAUCAGUGCGCAGUCGCUUCACCAGUCAGAGCUUCUGUCUCCAACGCUGCCGUUACGCACAGGUUCAUCUCGUCUCCAAACACCUGAUUUACAGAGACACGUACGCGGAUUUUCACCCUCUCUAUGAAAGAAUGUAAGGCAGAUAUGUAGGCUUUCCUCUGAAGGAUAUGGUCACUGUUAAGCUGCCAAAGUGGAGCCGCGCGUAUCACGGAUCGGGGCGCUCCUGCAGGGUCUAGGAUGCGCGCCCGGAACAUCCCGAUUCUUACCCGGGUUCGGGGCUGAGCAGGACUCCGCUGCCCCUGCUGGGCGCAGAGGCGGGAGGAGGACGCAGUCGACCCGCACCAGGAUGCCUGUGAUGAGAGGUCUGCUGGCCCCGCAGAACACCUUCCUCGACACCAUCGCCACCCGUUUCGAUGGCACCCACAGUAACUUUGUGUUGGGGAACGCGCAAGUCCAGUCUCUCUACCCCAUCGUUUACUGUUCUGAUGGCUUCUGUGAGCUCACUGGUUAUGCCCGUGCAGAGCUGAUGCAGAAGAGCUGUGCAUGUCAUUUCCUCUAUGGGCCGGAGACCAGUGACAGGCUGAUGGCACAGAUCCAGGGUGCACUGGACGAGAGGAGGGAGUUCAAGACAGAACUGGUCUUCUACAAAAAAGGAGGAACUCAGUUCUGGUGUCUUCUGGAUAUCGUGCCCAUUAAGAAUGAGAAGGGAGAGGUGGUGCUCUUUCUAGUGUCACACAAGGACAUUACAGACAACAAGAAAGACCAAGAUGAAGAGCAGAGCCCAGAAAGAGACGAGGAGACGGGGUUGGAGGUGCACAAGGUCACACGGCCACCGGGCUUCAAUGCCAACCGGCGGCGCAGUAGAGCUGUGCUUUACCAGCUGUCUGGACACUUGCAGAAACAAGACAAGAGCAAACUCAAGAUCAAUAAUAACAUGUUUGGCGAGAAGCCGCCCAUACCAGAGUACAAAGUGGCAGCCAUUCAGAAAAGCCGUUUCAUUCUUCUCCAUUACGGCACCUUCAAAGCAGGCUGGGAUUGGCUCAUCCUGUUAGCAACCUUUUAUGUAGCAGUUACUGUGCCCUACAAUGUCUGUUUCACCGUCGUUGGAGGGCGAGAUGAAGCAUCAACCCCUAGAAGUCCACCGAGUGUGAGCGACAUUCUGGUGGAAAUUCUUUUCAUGUUAGAUAUUGUACUAAACUUCCGCACCACAUUUGUGAGCACAUCAGGCCAGGUGGUAUAUGAUGCUCGCUCUAUAUGUGUGCAUUACGUCACCACCUGGCUCUUUGUGGACCUGAUUGCUGCGCUGCCAUUUGACCUGUUGUAUGCCUUCAAUGUCAGUGUGUACUUCGGGGUUCAUCUGUUGAAGACGGUCCGAUUGUUACGGCUUCUACGCUUGCUACAAAAGCUGGAGCGCUACUCCCAAUACAGUGCAGUAGUGCUCACAUUACUCAUGUCCAUGUUUGCCUUGCUGGCACAUUGGAUGGCCUGUGUCUGGUACAUCAUUGGCCGCAGCGAGAUAGAGAACAACAGCCCUGGUUCAUGGGACAUUGGCUGGUUGCAUGAGCUGGGCAAACGUUUGGGCACUCCAUACUUCCUGUCACCUCUCGCAUCCCUCAUUCCUGACUCUCUGCGCCCCACCAUCCUGGACGGCCUGGUGGUUAAUUCCAGCCAGUGGAACGGCUCUGAUCUGGUGGCUCAUGAGCCGGUGUGGAACUCCAGCCAGCUGAACUCCACAGGCACAGCGCCAGCGGCCCCUUCAAAUGCUGGACAGACUGGAGCCGUACUGGGAGGAGGACCCUCCAUCCGCAGCUCAUAUGUGACAUCGCUGUACUUCGCUUUAAGCAGUCUGACCAGCGUGGGCUUUGGCAACGUCUCAGCCAAUACCGACUCAGAGAAGAUCUUCUCUAUCUGCACCAUGCUGAUCGGAGCACUCAUGCACGCUGCAGUCUUCGGUAACGUGACGGCCAUUAUCCAGCGGAUGUACUCGCGCCGCUCACUCUAUCACACUCGAACCAAAGACCUCAAAGACUUCAUCCGUGUGCAUCGACUGCCCAAAGCCCUUGCGCAGCGCAUGUUGGAGUGCUUUCAGACCACAUGGUCCGUCAACAAUGGCAUUGAUGUCAGCGAGCUUCUGAAGGACUUUCCAGAUGAACUGCGGGCCGACAUCGCCAUGCACCUGAAUAAAGAGCUGCUGCAGCUGCCUCUGUUUGAAUCGGCCAGUCGAGGGUGCCUGCGAUCGCUCUCUCUCAUUAUCAAAACCUCUUUCUGCGCUCCAGGAGAGUUCCUCAUCCGCCAGGGUGACGCUCUGCAGGCCAUAUACUUUGUCUGCUCGGGCUCCAUGGAAGUGCUCAAGGACAACACUGUGCUGGCUAUACUGGGAAAAGGGGAUCUGAUUGGAUCGGAUUCGCUAACAAAAGAGCAGGUGAUCAAGACUAACGCAAACGUGAAAGCACUGACGUAUUGUGACCUGCAGUACAUCAGCCUGAAAGGACUGCGAGAAGUGCUGCGCCUCUAUCCUGAAUACGCCCAGAAAUUUGUCAGUGAAAUUCAGCAUGAUCUCACCUAUAACCUGCGGGAGGGCAGCGGAGCUGAUCUGGACUGGGAAAGUAAUGGUGGUCUGGUGAAGAAACUGCCUGCUAUCCGUGAGGAUGAGGAGAAUGAUGAAGAGCAGAACUCUGUGUCAAGGGCCCCACGUUCACCUCUUCGUCUGACCAGGGCCCUCAGCUCCCCCUUGCGAUCACCCCUCCUUCCCCCCCGACCCUUCCGUGCUCCAUCUGAGAGCAUGCGACCCGCCACCCUCCAGAUCCCUGUGGUCAGUUUCAGCAGCGCCCCUCCAGAACUCAGCCCCAGGUUCGUGGACGGCAUAGAAACAGAAAGCAAUUCCAGCUCAACACAAAGGUUUGAGUUCGGUCCCAGCCUACCUCAGAGUGGCCCUCCAUCCCCUUCCCCAGUGAGCCAAGAGCAGCUGGAGUCAAAGCAGAGCAUCACCAAACUGAGUGAGGAGAUGACUAGUCUAUCCCAGCAAGUCUCUCAGCUGAGCAAAGAGCUACAGGAAAUGACACGUCUCCUCCGGCCCAUACUUGUCAUGGGAUCUCAAACCCUCCUGACUGCCCUCAGUCCAACAAUGCCUCAGUCUCCCAGCAGUUGCAGUGGUCCAACAAUACCCACGCCACCAGCUCCUUCACCCACAGCCUCACCAUCCACGCCACUCAGGCCAACUUGCUCCCUAUUGGACAGCGCAGACACCGGGAGCAUUGGCUUACCCAGUUGUCUCCUACCCACCAGCCCACCACUGAGACCCCAUGCACAGGUUCAGGUGUCUCCAACAGGCUGUUCGAGAGGGCCUUCCCUGCCAGUCCUCAUUUCUCCAGUGACAGCCCAAACUGAGGGGCCUGGCACCCAGGCAGCUCCAAACCAGCCACCACAAGCCAAUCAGCCCCCUUCUCCAUCUUUAACCUUUUCAUACUCACUGCCAUCUUUCCGCUCCCAGUCUUCUUCCUGCUCCCCCUGCCAGGGGCCUCACCGACCUGCCAGUCACAGCAGAGGUUUGCUACCUCAGCCCCCCUCACUGGACAACCCAAAUCCACCACUCUCACAUUGCUCGGCCCCACCCUCAAUCAAUAACUCCCCAGGAGACCAAAGGGUGGGUUUCAGCCAGUUCCCCUCGUCCCCUUCCUCCUCUCGCAUCCAGCCACGGGCAUGCACUCCUCCUUCUUCUUCUUGUCCACACACAUCUCCACCCUUGCCCUGCUCUCUGGACUCCCUGCCAGAAACACAGGCCUCUUUUGGCCCUUCAUGGUUGCCGCAGAACACCGUCCCGGGACCUCCCCAGUUAGAGAUUGAAAUGCAAGAGUGGGCAGCAACAGCAGGGAGGCCCAGCACAGAGCAUAUCAGCUUCAUAGAUGAAGAAGGACCACCACUGUGAGAGACUGAAUAAAGAUGACUAGCUGACUUAGCAAAUAAGGGAGUGGUGAACUGGGCUAACUGCAAUGUCCCCAACAAACCUCCAUACCGAAUUGAUUGCUUUCCCAUUAGGAUGACACUCUUAUAACUACACAAGUUGUGGCUCUGUUCCAAAACUUAGUGAGCUGCCUAAUCAGACAGCUUAGUUAUCCCAUGCUCCAAAAGUAGACAUCUAAAUGGGUUAUCUUUAAAGGUACAUUGUUUGGCCAGAAUUUCAGAUCGCAGUGUGAGCUAGUUACAAAUGCAACCCAGGAUUGUCCCACCCGUUAAAUUGCUAAAACCACACAAGAAACACAUGCUACAUGAAUGCCAUCUAUUCUUCAUAGAUAGAACCAUUUUGACUGUUUGCACAUUAUGUUGCAGCGGUCUGAUGAAGCUUUUAGGUUGAGGUUAAAUUGUAAUUCCAAGGUCUAGAGCAGGGGUGCCCAAACCCGGUCCUGGAGGGCUGAUAUCCUGCAUAUUUAGUGCUAACCCCAAUUAGACCCAUCUGAAACAGCUAAUCAAAGUCUUUUAAGGUGUACUAAAACAUGGGUGUCCAAACUCAGUCCUGGAGGGCCGGUGUCCUGUUGAGUUUAACUUACCUCAGCACACCUGCCAGGAAGUUUCUAGUAUAUCUAGUAAGAGCUUGAUUAGCAGGUUCAGGUGUGUUUGAUUAGGGUUG